AUGGAGCUGCCGUCGGAUGGACUGCGUGCGUUGUGCGCGUCUCGGCUGCCCUCGUACAGGCCUGCGGACCUCCAGCGGGACUCCAGUGCAGUUGAACAGUCGCUGUUGUCCUUAUCCUCCCUAGAGAAGACCAGCAGAUCAGACGCGGCGGUCACCAGUGCCAAUAACAUCGCGACACACGUCCAGCACCAGCAGCGCCAGCAAUUAUCGCGUCCGUCCAGCUCCCCUCUGCCCUCAUUUGCGUCAUUAGCGAUCUCCCCUCCACAAUCACCGCCGUCAGCAUCAAAAUCAACAUCGAGAGCCCUUCAACCGCCUAGACGCAGACCCUCCGACCCUCCUAUCGCAGUCACUCUUCCUUCGCCGCUCCCGUCGCAACCUACGUCCAAUCCACCACGAUCCAGGAUCCCUGCGUCCCAUAGUAGGAAUGGACUAUUAGAAGAGUUUUGGCAAGGACCUCCGCCAGCAAUGAUCACUCAGGGAUCUUACAAGAUCGAUCCGUCAACAUCAACCACCGACUCUUGGGUUGCUGCGCAACAGUCCAUCACCAUCGCUUCGCCCUCCCACAACCCCGAGUCGCCCUUAGGCCCAGCACAACCAACUUCAGCGAGAUCCAUCGACAGCAGCGGAUCACGACCAUUAAUCAAGCCCAUUCGUGGCUUCAAACCUUCCUCGCGCAAGAGCGUCGAGAUGGCCUCGCGCCGCACAUCCAUAGAUCCCGACCAUACACUACGGGCGUUCGAGGGUUACGAGCGACCUCGGCGCACCACCAACGACUCUGAGCACGAUGAGUUGAACAGCGACGAGAGCGAUAUGUUCCUCCGCGCUGCCCGGGACGAGGGUUUAACCAAGCCCAACAAUGGUCCCUUAGGGGCCCUAAGCCGCUCAGAUAGCACGAGGUCCCGAAUAGGACAACGUUCCUCACUUCCCCCCUCAAAUACAUCAUUUCCUUCCUUCAUAUCUCGUCACCGCGGACCCGAUCAAGAGGGUUCCAAUGCAUCACGCCUCAUGGAUGAGCAAGGAAGCGUUAGUCAAGCAUUGACUUAUCGUCCGGCGGAGAAAUCUCGAGCAUCAGCCGCUGGGGACCAGUUCUCCAGGAGCCGCUUCUAUGAAUCUAAUUCUCGUUCGACGCCCGCUACUCCUCGAGCGUUGGUAGGUCGAGAGAUCUCCCCACCAUACUCUGGCCGGAGGCCGUCGUUACCUGAUCCCGCAUCGGCGCUACCAUCGCGGCCAUCCCCAUACCGCCAAUCUAAUUUAUCAUCAUAUUCUCCUCGAAAUUACAACUCUUCGCCCCUCGUAUCCCGUACAACGGACAUGCUCGAAUCCCCAGCUCCUGGUACACAUGCCCCGGAGAGCACCGAGUCGACCGUGUCAACAACAGCCCCUUCGACCGUCUGGGACGAGCUGGAGGACCUCAAGUCACGCAUACACCGACUUGAAUUGACAGGAAAGCUCCCGGCGACAUCUGGUGCCGCUAUGUCACGCGCAUCUAAUGAAAGGCCGCCAACGGCGACCACCACUGUAACUACCAUAUCUACGUCUCCAAAGCGGGGUCGCGGUAACAGCAUAUCACCAACCGAUGUUGGCAGCGUAGUCAAUCACUCGAACGAAGCUCAUCCCCUUUUACGUGAGGCAUUAGCAAAAUCCAAACCAGUACUCAGCCCUGAGAUAUUUAAGGCUUUGGAGGCGACUGCUUCAGAUGCACUUGUAAUUGCAUCGAUGAUGGGCUCUGCAGGCCAACCUGGACCAAUCUCGAGUUCCCAAUCAACAGUUGGCGGUGUAGCUUCAACUGUAUCGGAUCGGCAGGUGCGUCGAAAAGCAGACAGCCUGUGCCGGAGCCUGACGGAGUUAUGCUUGGCCAUGUCUGACGGGAAGAGCGAACAUAUACAAUCAGCACCAAUCCAAAACCCUGCGAGCCCCAUGGAUCGGAGUGACGAGGUCCGCAGCAGCAUUGAACAGGUCCCGAGUCAGCGGCAAGCAAUUAGCACAGAUCUAGCAAGAAUCAAAUCUAGCCCAAGAGCACUUAGUCGACUGGAAGCACGAAGAAGCAGCCUUCUCGCCCCACGUAGUUUGCCUAGUCCUCGAUUUGCUCCAUCAGAGUCAGGCACGCCCACUCAAAGUUCCAUGGCUGGCCGUCGAACUUCACUGUUACUUCGCAGUCACCGCGCAGCCACUGAGGAGCGAGACGAGGACGAAGAGAUCAAAUACCGUACACCCUCGAGAGCCACAACUGAGAUAGGCCGACUGAGGAAUCCGCAGAGAGAAUACGUCCCACAGGAAUCGAUUCCAGAGAGGACGCUGACCGUACAAUCUUCAUUGCCCGUCAGGAGACACGCUGCAUCAUCAAGCCUCCCGAAUACCGGAGCAGCCCCAGCAACCGCACCCUUACCAAACCUUGCUGGCAGGAGAUAUAUAGAACGAUCCACUCCAGAGAGAGAUACCACAGCCCCGGUAACGAGAUUGAUGGAUGACCGUGAGAAGCGGAAAUCAUCUAUUGGCCAAGGCUUUGGAUUAGGAAGAACUAGCAGUUUAACACGACGGACAAGACAACUCUAA